CCACGAAGGAAAUGAGCGGUUAGUUGUCCGGCGCAAGGGCGAAACGGUUCAACAAAAAAGCGGCAAAAGACGUUUCCCGUGAAGUGAGUGGCCGCGAUGAAGCGCGCUGUGUGAGACAAAAGACAAACUUUGUGAAUGGGAAAGCUUGGAGGUGUAAUUGCCUUAUCACGUCCAUCACGUUCAGGAACUCGGGCCACUCUCUUUGGGGUGGCAAGGCGCGGAAACGCCAAAUCACGUGCAGCUAACCGCGAUGCACACCGUGCGCGUAGAUCUGAUCCUCUUUUAGCGUCGACAUACCUAACGUUUCUCUGGCUACGCAAAACCUGGCCGACAAACAGUCCAUUGUCCGAGGCUCAAAUGUUGCAACCAGUCUCGACUGUUGACAGUCACCAGGGCUAAAAGAAUUGCAUUGCAACAUUGCGCUCCUGCUUUAA